AUGGAAUCGUUUCGCUUCUACAGUCAUUGUCAAAAGGCAAUGCGCGAUCUGACAGCAGAAUCGGCUGGUUUUAUUUGGUUUCAGUUGUUCAAAGAUGUUUUGAUGUAUAUGUCAGGCGAUGAUGCCUCAAAACAGGAGAUGAUACAGAAGUGUCGAGAAUAUUAUUCCAACAAUACGAAACAGCAAAAACUAAUCGAAGAAUUUGAGAGGACCUACCGUUCCAAUGAUGCUAUUCGAUGGUAUACAAAACAGUCUUUUGUUUAUAAACUGAUAAACAAGGCUUUGCGGACAGAAGACGUUGAACAGAUGUACAUUUUUCGGUUUUUUAUCUCUGAUCUAUCAGAAAAUCUUGCGCAUGAAUUUCAAAAAACAUUCAAAAAAACUGAUAUAAUCGUGCGUGUUUACCGCGGUACACGAAUAUCCAUAAGUGAAUCGCAAAAGAUAAAAGAUGCGGUUGGUACACUUAUUUCAGUAAAUGGAUUCAUGUCUACAAGUCGUUCACGACAAGUAGCCUUAAUGUUUGCCGGUAUUUCCCCUGUGAAUCGAGAAAAACAAAGUUUACUCUUCGAGAUAGAAUGCGAUCUAAGUCGUUUGAAAGAUUCAGUUGUAUUUGCUGAUAUUGCUGAAUUCAGUGCUAUUCCUGAUGAGAAUGAGAUUUUAUUCGACAUUGGUGCAACGUUUAAAAUUAUAUCCGUCAGUCAGAACACCGAUAUUUGGAUAGUGAAAUUGCAAGGAACUGAUGAAGAAGCAACUAUAGCUCAAGACUACGUGAAUUUGAAUCGGAAAGAUAUGGAAGAAGCUAAUGUGUCUGUGUUAUUUGGAUGCCUCCUGACACAAAUGGGCGAAUACGAAAAAGCACAAAAUUAUUUUAACCGUUUAUUAAAGGAUCCAAACGAUGCACCCGUUGCACUGCUAUACAGAAAUCUCGGCGAUAUUUAUUAUCUGAAAGGAGCGUAUGCAAAACCUGGCUGUUCCGAACCGAAUGAGCAUUACCAACAGGCAUUAGAACAUUAUUUAAAAGCCUUGGAUAUUGGAAAAGAAACCCUGGCACUCUCCCAUCCUGAUAUCGGCGGGAUCCUAAUGGGAAUCGGACUAGUCUACUGCCAAUUGGGCGAUUAUGAACGUUCGUUUGAGUAUCAGAUGAAGUCUUUAGGCAUACGAGAGAAAUGUUUUCCAGGUGACCACUUGCACAAAGCGGAUAACUUUCUAUGCAUUGGCGGUCUUUUUAAUGCAAAAAGGGAAUAUGACUGUGCUUUAGAGUUUCAUUUUAAAUCCCUCAAUAUGAAACGGAGACUGUUACCAGCCAACCACGAUUCGAUUUCUCGCAGUUUAAUUUGCAUAGCCUCAGCCUACGACAGCAAAGGAGAUUUAGAAUCUGAUCGAUCGAAUUCUAACUCAAAUUAUUUACUUGCGUAUGAAUAUUAUGAAAAAACUCUGGAUAUUCGUCAGAAAGUUUUACCAGCAUGGCAUCCGAUCAUACAGCUCACAAUAAAUCGUAUUAAACGUUUAAAGAAAAAACUGCAAUCUACCCGAAGAAAAAAAAAUCGUGAAACUCAUGACGUUAUCGGCCGACGAAUUUCACAAAUGGUGCAACGUAUGGAAAUUGACAAUACAAGCUAUCAAAAGCGAACUGAUAUACUUCGAUCCACACCCAAGGAAGAAAUAUAA